AUGGAGACCCUUCCGUGUCUCUCCCUCAGGAAUGACACCACUCACAUCCUGCCAACCGCGGAAACGCCUCCCAGCCCCACCACGAUCGAAUCGGAAACCGCUCUGCCUUUCACCUCGAGUCCGCAAUGCCGCAGAAGGCGUCGUUCCACACUUCGCAUCGAGCCAUACGUCUGGAACAGCAACUAUCUGGCCGUGAUUGGUGCAAUGCUCAGCUUCAAUUUCGAAGUCACUCCACUCACUCCUCCGCAGGAGCUGAUCGAUGCCUUCAUGAACACCACGUCCCCAUACGGCGAUUCCUCCACCCCAGGCUCCUUCGCAGCCGAGGUCGACGCCCGAUUCCCCGGCACGCUUCACUGUCUUUGCGGUGACUUAUAUGAACUUCUGUUGCUCGUGGUCCUCCGGUAUCACGACAAUGAAGUCAGGUGGGAGGCCUGCGGACGCAUCGGAUCGCAUGUCUGGCUCUUUGCUCCGCAUCGCUGCAGGGCCAACUAUGCGGAGGAGACGGCGUAUGCGUUGUCCCUGACGCAGGAAUUCAUGGAACCGGGCCAGGAGGAGUUUGUUGCUUGUUUGGUGUCCGUGCGCUACGCAAAGGUGACGUUGGUCAGGAUCACGGUUGCGAAUGAAUUCCUCGAAGUCCUCGAGCAGAGCAGAGUUCUGAAGGUUGGAGAGGCCAUCAAACCUAUUGGCGGAGUGCGGAUCGAGGUGACGAAGGAGUAUCGGAUGGCGAUCCAAAAGGAUAGGGCGGAGUUCCUUGACAUCCUGACCAGCCUUGCGAUGGAAGCCGUCAAGAUACAGAGAGAACUGGGUCAGAUGCCCUGGGCUGCGUCGUGGCCGGCCAGGGAGGACGAAAUAUUCGUGGAGAGAGAUGCCGGGCCGGCGGGGGAGACGAAGUAUUCUUGGAAGCCGAGGUAUUGGCGGAAGGAGAAGCAGAGAUGGAAGGAGAUGCCGAGCCAGCAUGUUAGUCCGCUCGAGACAUGA